UUAAAACAAUGUUGUUUUAACAAUAAUCCAGAUAAGAAUUAUUAUUUAUUGUACAAGAAAACUAAAACCUUAUAAAGUGAUUUUAUACUUUGUAGAGGAAACUAAACUAAAGUUAGAAGCCUUAACAUGAAAACCGUCUGCUUUAUUUUUGCUGCCCUUGCAGUUGCUUUAGUAAAAGGUGAUGAAAUCAGUGACUGUAAAUGUAAUUCUUUACGUGAACCAAGAAAGGACCCUGAUGGAAUAGUAAGAUGUCAUGCAAAGCGUGUUUUCUUAUUGCCAGUUGAAUGUAAUUUACCAAUCUAUCCUGAUUGUACAUGUUCAGAGCCAGCCACUGCAAAAACGUUGACACCGGAUCACGAAACUAAUCGUACGGAAUACUCUUGUACAAAAUAUGGGCAUGGUAAACUCAUAAAAAAAUGGCCUUGUGAAAAUGAGGAUGAAUGGAAUAAAUUCUACGAGGAGUACCCAAAUUUAAAACCUCUAACUACCGCAACUGUAUAAUUGUCUCUACAGAAUUCAUGAACAAAAUUUGCUAGAUUAAUAUUAACAAUUUAAAUAAAGUAUAAGAUAGC